AUGUCUCCACAAGGAAGAGGAAGAGGAAGAGGACGAGGACGAGGACAAUGGAGAGGAAGAGGAGGAGCAUAUGUAACCCAGACCAGUUCACCAGCACCUCCGCUAGGAGAUAUCAUUGUCACAAUCUACCUCAAUGAAAUCGAGAGUCCGGCACCUGAUCAAGAUGAAGACAUAUCUCGAAUCACGAACAGUCAAUAUCUGACAUCCUACAACUGGCUUGGUGGGGAAAAGAGAAAGAUAAUCGUUCCAGGUGAACCACCAAAGUGGACGCCUCUGUCCGAUUCUCCCGCACUUUCACAAGACAGUGGUCAUUAUUAUCGUGAUCGAAAUGCCGCACAAUACCCCACCUAUCCUCUGGAGCCAAUGGUACAAGCAAUACUCACAGACAACCCUGAGUUCCCCAUUACCAGUGUGGACAUCAUUGGGUGCAACAGUACAAUGGGGAACCUGCGACGCUUUGCAUCUGGGCAGGGUAAGCCCUUUAGGAUGCUAGUUGAGGUACUCGGCAAGACAGUAUUCUUCAUCAGAAGGGAAAAUUCGCCCACUGAGGUGUUUCCCGAUAUCCACGGUUAUGGGCAUACUUUCCCGGAAGCAUACACCACGUGGAAUGCAAGUGUGGGCGGGUCCCUGUCCCACCAACGGGUGAUGAAGUAUGAUUUUGCCGGCAUGCAGUGCUUGGUACGUUUUGAAGGGGACGGCUUUUUGCCCGACCUGGUCCUGGAUAACGAAAUCGAAGAACAUCCUGUUACCCCGAAGGAUAGUAUCGACCCAGAAGCUUUGCUGUCCAUCGAAAAAGUGACAAUUUCAGGUGUCCCCUCGGCCAUUACAGAAAUGGAACCGAAGCAGCUUGACAUUGCAAGACAAGGCCGGCGCAUUCCACAGUGUGCAGUCUUUGACCUGAAGACUCGGUCUCGCGCUAAAAAGGGCAGUGUCGUUAUUGAGGAAGAACUGCCCCGGUUGUGGAUUUCGCGGACUCCCAACUUCAUUCUAGCCCACCAUACAGCUGGUCGAUUCAGGCAUGUUCAGGUUCGCGACGUGCGGGAUGAUGUGAAGCAGUGGGAGGAGACCCAGCAACCGGCUUUGGGCAAGUUUGCCAGCUUGCUCCAAAUGAUCGUGGAAUUCGCUCGGAGCGCGGAUAACGGAAAACUUGAAAUUGAGCAUGAAGAGGGUGAGCAGGUUUUGAAUCUGAGAGGACAGGGGGGAGUUGUCAAUGGCGUCUUGUCCCCGGCUGUCGCAAGCAAGUGGGAUAUGUGA